AUGUAUUAUAUGUGCAAAAUGUCAUCGUAUUUACCACCAAUACCGUUCACGCAAACGACAUACCAAAGGUCUGUAUGCAGGUCUUCUGUCGUUAAUACUGAUUUUAAUAAAACUGUUGAACAGAAAGCUGAUAUUCAUUGGUUACCAUGUCAAGAAGAUUCAAAGCAUGCAUCUCUACAAAAAGCUAUGCAUCGAUCGAGUUCUGUGCCUGUUCAUUGCUGUACAACAGCUAGUAAUCUAGUCAUAACACCCUAUACACCGUGA